AUGAGAUUCCCACCGCUGUCUUCGGAGCACGAGAUGUCACGCCCACGAGAGCUUUUUUGGAACAUCAAGCAGCAGUCAUCGGAACGUCCUGAGAGUAGGCCGAUGACCUUUCUACACGUCGGCAAUGAUCCGUUGACAAGGGUUUUGUCUGGCUCUGACAGCAGGUCCAUGUCCCGAUUGUUCCGAUCGCAACACUUCCAAGCCGUAUGGGAGCGACUCGACUCGGGCAGCUCCGAAACACGCCCACCUCAUCCGUAUACGGAACUCAUCAAGCUCUGCAUCCUCAAACGUCGCGAGGGGAAACUCACACUCAAUCAGCUUUAUCGGGACCUCGAGGAAAAGUUUCCAUUUUUCGCCACGUCGCAAAAUGGCAAAGGCUGGAGACGCAUCAUCCGUCGUUCCUCGAUUCGAAUGGGCUCACGAGCUGUGCAGUGCUACGGGAUCCUCAAACGCUCCCGAUAUCGCAGCUUCGGUCGCCGCUCUGCCACGCUUCGAGGACCUUGCCGUUCGGAGGAAUGUGGACGAGCUUCUCCGAAGCCGUUACGCAUCCUCCCCAAGAUCGACUCGAACCGACAAACCAGCGUUUGUGCCUCCCGUGUCAAUGCGCCGACUCUCUAG